AGUCUGGAAGCCUGAGUAGUUGGAGAAGGUGUUGGCUGCCGCGCGGCGGGUGUGCUCUAUGGAUCAUGUGCUGCCAUGUAUGCCUGAACUACCUGAAAUGCAAAUUUGGGAAGACUUUACCAUCUAAAUGCUUAGCUGGAUUAAGUGCCUGAUGAGGAUGGUUUUGCAACAGGUUGGAAUAAGCAUGCAAUCGGUACUUUGGUCUGGAAAGCCAUAUGGUUCAUCUCGAAGUAUCGUAAGGAAAAUUGGUACUAACUUAUCUCUGAUUCAGUGUCCAAGAGUUCAGUUUCAGCUUACCAGCCAUGAGACAGAAUGGAGUCCCAAACACCCAGAUGAGGAUGCAGUGGCAUCUUUUGCUGAUGUUGGAUGGGUGGCCACAGAAGAAGGAGAGUGCUCAACAAGACUAAGGACAGAAGUCACGUCAAAACCACCCCAUCAGGACUGCCUUCCUUACCUUGAGAAGUCCCCAAGCAGGCAGGUUUCUUUACCAAACUUGUCUCAAGAAGAUCCUCCACUGAAGACUGCAGCACUGGCCAAUGAGGAAGCACUGCAGAAGAUUUCUGCACUUGAAAAUGAGCUCGCUGCUCUCCGAGCUCAGAUUGCCAAAAUUGUGACCCUGCAAGAGCAGCAAAAUCUCGUUACAGGUGACUUAGAUUCUACCACAGCCCCUCCUCCUCCUCUUCCACCUCCACCCCCACCCCCACCUCCACCCCCACCCCCACCUCCACCUCCCCCUCUACCAGGACUCCACCAAAGUAUGUCUGCUAUUGACUUGAUUAAAUCACGAAGAGAGCAGAAAGCCAGUGCUGGAAAGACUUUGACUAGCAGCCCAAAGAAUCCUGACAAGCCAAAUAUGCUAGAAAUCCUUAAAGAUAUGAACAGUGUGAAACUUCGGUCAGUCAAGCGGUCGGAGCAAGAUGUAAAGCCCAAGCCAGUGGAUGCCAUGGACCCUGCCACUCUUAUAGCAGAGGCUCUGAAAAAGAAAUUUGCUUAUCGGUAUCGAAACAAUAGUCCAGGUGAAACUGAAAAAGGAGUUGCAAAGUCUGAGUCAGAGGCUACCUCAGAGACAGCUUUGUUUGGGCCACAUAUGUUGAAGUCUACAGGGAAAAUGAAGGCUUUAAUUGAAAAUGUUUCAAACUCCUAAAGGACAAUGAGCUGAGAAAGACUGUCCUGAUUUAGCUGUUGGUUUGUGAGGGCUGUUUUAGCUAGUAGAAAUCAACACUAUUUAGUAAAUACCUGACUUCAGAAUUCCUUGGUCUCCUUUUUAACCUAAUUAGUGGAUUAAGUACUAGUGAAAGCACCGUAAGUUCGGUUUUGCUUUUAUGAGAUGGUCAGUUCUGGAACUCCCCUUAACAUACAUGUAUUUUGACAUGUUUAAUCUAUAGCCAGGGUGUUCAGGGUUCCAGGCUUGAAAACCUUUGUAAGAUUUCAGAACAUAGAAAAAGAUAUUUGUGGAUGUUACUGUGCAUUUUUAAUUCUUAACACUAAUUUAUCUGUACAGGUGUUUUAUAGGCAUGUGUUUGGAUAUAGAAGUUGAUGUAAAAGUUAGUAAUGAAUGCUGGCCAUGAGGGUACUGCUGUCUUCCCUUGUCUUCAGUGAGCAUUUACUGAGUCGUGAGGAAACAGCUGAUAUAACCAAGUUACUGGAGUGAAAUAUUUGAGAUUGAAGUCUUGUCUUGAACAGAACUUCUAUCUUAGAUUCUCUCUCCCACUUUCUUGGAGCUGAGUUUUACAUAGGAACUGGAUGAUGUUCACUUCUGAAAUCCCAAUGCUUCCUGUUAGGACGAAGAUGAGGACUAGGAAAGCUACUUACCCCUCAGUGCCAUCCAUUGUUGAUGGGCUUUUCAAGUAGUGACAAAUCAAAUUAUUAAAUUACUUAAGUAAAAACCAGAAUGUACCAUCUUUUUCUUUUCAGUUUAAUAAAUGGCAUCAUAAAAAAAUAACUUGUUUCUAAGUUAGUAAUACUUCUGGAAUUGUCAGCAUGAAUGGAGUUUAAAUUUAAAGUUUGAAAAUUUUUUUAAUGGUCCUUGGGUUUGAACUCUGCCUUAUACUUGCUAGGAAAGGUAUUCUACAACUUGAAGUAUACCCCCAGGAUCCCCAAUUUUAGUUUUAAUAUUAACUUUAUAAUGAAAUUGAAUAAGCAAGUGAAUUUUCUAUAGAUUAUUUAUUACUGGUCAGAAUGCUGUUCUGAUGAACUAUGCAGUGUAAAACUUAGGUGUUAUUAGAAAGGGAGAGAUGCCUCAUCAAGGGUUCCUAAGGACUUGCUAUAAGUGAUCAUAUUUUAAAAUGCUUAAUAAAUUUUUAUGAUCUUUUUAUUUUUGAUCUCAACUGAAGUUAAUGCCAGAAUCUCCUACCAUGAAUAAAUAUUUGGAUUCAUUAUUUAAGUGUAGAGAAUAGUUAUAUUUCCUGAGAGGAUUAAGAGAUAGGAAAAAUAGAUUUUAAGUUAUUGAAAACAUGUGUGUUGUAUUAACAAGAUUUGAGGUAAACAAUUCAUAGUUUGGUUAUUUAGUUUAAAAUUUUAGUUUACUUUUUUUUUGUUGUUUUUUUUC